GAUGGCGGAAGGGUGUUUGCGCGCGGGUCAUUGAUCGUCCUAUUCUUCUUCUUUCAACCUGUCGUUAAAGCACUAAAAAAGCUAAAAUGCCGGUAAUAUCUCGCCGACAUGUUAAUAUCGCUGGAACGACGGCAGUGGUUGCAGGCAGUGCAUACUUUCUCAAAGAAUUCGGUCCAGUUUUGUGUCAAAAAUUCAAGUCUCGCUUUUUAACAGCGGGAGAUAUUCCUCCCGAUAGAGAAGAGGUGAUUUUACGGCCCAAUGCCGGCAAAAACGUUUUUAAAGUUAAAAACACCCUUGUCAUAGACAAAGAGUUUAUUGACCAACUUUUAAAGCUUUUAAAAAUAGUAAUUCCUCGAGUAUGGAGCAAGCAGGUUGUGUUGCUGUUUUUUCAUUCAAGCUGCUUAGUAGCAAGAACGUUUCUGUCAAUUUACGUGGCCACACUUGAUGGUCAAGUCAUUAAGUCAAUUGUGCAAAAAAAUGCACGAAAAUUUGCUUUCCAUUUGAUGAAGUGGAUAGCAGUUGCAAUACCGGCAACUUUUAUCAAUAGUAUGAUUCGUUACCUGGAAAAUAGGAUUGCUUUAGCAUUUCGCAGCGAGCUUGUCAAUCACGCCUACAAAAAGUACUUCGCCAAUCAGACGUAUUACCGGGUAUGCAAUCUAGACAGCCGUUUAACCAAUGCCGACGAAUGCCUGACGGAAGAUAUUCGUAUGUUCUGUAGUUCAAUAGCUCAUCUAUAUUCACACCUCACCAAGCCAUGUUUAGAUGUAUUGGUUAUUGUUUGGACAUUGAAUAGAAUGGCUAGGAAGAGAGGCACCUCAUGGAAACUGCCUUCAACAAUUGCUAGUGUUGUCAUUUAUGUGACAGCCAUCACGUUACGUGCUCUUUCACCAAAGUUUGGGAAAAUGGCGGCUGAAGAAUCCAAGCGCAGAGGUCACUUAAGACACCUGCAUUCCAGAGUCAUCAACAAUGCUGAAGAAAUUGCUUUUUAUAAUGGCCAUAAGGUAGAGCAGUCCUGGUUGCUAAAGGGCUUUAAAUCAUUAGCUGACCAAAUGGAAUUGAUCUUCUUUAAGCGCCUGUGGUAUGUAAUGCUAGAGCAGUUCUUGAUGAAGUAUGUUUGGAGUGCUGCAGGGCUGUGUAUGGUGGCUUCAAGUAUUUUAAUGGGUUCUGAAGAGGGAGCUGCAGUAGAAGACAAUGGGGUUAGUAAUAGGGCUCAGCAGAUCACAACUUCUAGACAUCUUCUUAUAUCAGCUGCAGAUGCCAUAGAGAGGAUCAUGUCUUCUUAUAAGGAGAUCACGGAGCUCAGUGGUUACACCAGCAGAGUAUCUGAAAUGCUCUCAGUCUUUGAAGACAUUAAAAAAGGCCACUGUAUGAGAGCAUUGGAAAACUCUGAUUCAUCCAUCACUAUGGAAAACUGUGGUAAGGUUGCUAAGCCUGGACAGGUCGUAAAACUGGACCAGAUGCCUGGUGGCCAUGUAACAGAUACCGAUGGAAAUAUUUCUUUAAAAGAUGUGGCCAUUAUAACUCCUUGUGGGGAUGUUGUAGUGUCAGGGCUAACACUUGAGCUACAGCCUGGCAUGCAUUUGCUCAUAACUGGUCCAAAUGGAUGCGGAAAGAGUUCAUUGUUCCGUAUCCUGAGUGGACUUUGGCCUAUUUAUAUGGGACACCUCGCCAAGCCUCCUCCAAGUCACAUGUUUUACAUUCCACAAAGGCCCUACAUGCCCAUUGGAUCUUUGCUUGAUCAAGUGAUAUACCCUGAUGGCAUAGAGGAUAUGAGAAAGAAAGGAAUCAGUGAAAAGGACUUGGAAGACAUUCUACAUACUGUUCAUUUACAGUACAUCGUUAAAAGAGAAGGAGGAUGGAAUACUGUAAAAGAAUGGAAAGAUGUCUUUUCUGGAGGGGAGAAGCAAAGAAUGGGUAUGGCAAGGCUGUUUUACCACAGGCCUCAAUUUGCACUUCUUGAUGAAUGCACAAGUGCUGUCAGCAUUGAUGUAGAAGGUAGUAUAUUCCAGGCAGCAAAGGAUUGUGGAAUAACACUUCUCAGUAUAUCACACAGACCAUCAUUAUGGAAAUACCAUACACACCUGUUGCAGUUUGAUGGAGAAGGAGGAUGGAAGUGGGAAGAACUGGACACAGCAACAAGACUGACUCUAAAUGAAGAAAAACAAAGACUUGAAGCACAGCUAGCAGGCAUCCCAGCCAUGCAGCAACGACUCAAGGACCUUUGUUUGUUGCUAGGAGAUGAUUCUGUCUUGUGCAGAUAAUCUUAUAAUAUUAUUUAUUGAUUUUAAUAGAAACUUGUUACAUCAUACAUGUAUCUUCGUCAUUUUAAGAAUUUUAAGAUUGACUAUAAACUUUAAGAUUAAACUAUGGAAUGUUAUAGUUCGGAUGGUUGUGUCUUGUGAUGUUUUUAAUCGAAUAUUCAAUAAAAUAUUGAUGUUGUUUA